AUGGAGAGCGAGGUCGACGUGUCGGUACGGGUCUUCCGACGUGGAUUCGGACAGGUACUCCGGACAGGCGAGCAUGCAGACGCUGAAGUGGUGGUGGGCAGGCGGCGGUACAAGGUCCAUCGACUCAUUCUGGCAAAGGGCUCCGAGUUCUUUGCCACUUCGUUUGCCUCGUCCUUUACAGAAGCACAAACUCAGGACAAUGCCAUGGCGCUGUUGGCUAUGGCCGACUUGCUCCUCAUCGAACCGCUUCGGGCAAAGGUUCUUCUUCAUCUGGCAAAGGCUAUCGAUGUAGACUCGGUCCUGGCCUUCCUCAAGCAAGCUAUUCUCCAUGCGCAGUCUUCCAUCCUUCCGCUCUGUCUCCGUACCGUCUCAAAGAACUUUCACAUCCUCGCAGACGCGGAUCUCUCCUUCCUCCCGCCAGACCUAUUCCUCGACAUCAUGGAGGAUCCAUGGCUGGCUGUCAAGUCGGAGAAGACAGUCUUUGACGCCAUCGGUGCGUACAUUUCCGCUCGCGAUGCUGCUGGCGUCCCCGUUCCACAGGAUGCUGUCGUUGCCCUCUACGAGACUAUUCGCUACCCAUUUAUGCCGUACGAGCUUCUGGUCGAGGCACAGGCCAACCCGCUCGUGCCGCAGGCCCUGCUUGUCGAGGGCCUCAUGGCACGGCUCCGCCGCCACGAGGGUGCACCACGCAGCGGGCCAGCGAGUACGGCAGGCACCGAUGGAACCAACGGCGGUGCAGACGAUGCUGACGCAUCUGACGCCGGUGACGCUGCGGCCAGCGGUGACGACGGCAGUGUCUCGGACGUACUUGCUGGUCUUCCGGCGACCGCUGAUGCCAAGUGCCGACUGCGGCACACCCGCCGUCCGCCGUACUCCAUCACGCUGCGGUACAAGGCCGACUUUGAUGGCGGCGGGGUCAUCCACUGGAUCGCCACCGAUCGCGGGCGCGGGCCGUGGACCAACCCCGCACUGCCGCAGCUGCCGGGUGUCCGCCCGCGCAUCCAGAUCACCGUCUCGUCGCUGGAAAAAGGUGAGGUUGCCGCCUUUGUUGCCCUCGACCCGGUCCAGACGUGGACCAAGGACGUCCCCGCAUCGUGGAUCACCUGGGACCUCGGCCACGACUACUCGGUAGUGCCCACCCACUACUCGCUCCGACACGGCGGCAACUACAAAGCUGACUCGCUCCGCAACUGGGAUCUUCAAGGCUCGACCGACGGCGUGACCUGGUCGGUCCUCCGCCGCCACGUGAACGACUCGUCGCUCAACGGGCCGUUUGACACCGCCACAUGGCCCAUCGACGACGUCUCUACCCCGUACCGCUACUUCCGCAUCCUCCAGUCGGGCCACAACUCGUCGCGCCGCAACUUUCUUCUCCUCUGUGGCUUUGAGCUGUACGGCGACCUCUACAUUCGCAACGAGGCGUACGCAUAGGCUGCUCGGCGUGACCGCUGCGCUACGAUGACGAUGACGACGACGACCGAGUCUCGCCAGUGUGAAGCAGCUGAAAGAGCAACUUCUUGCCCUCUUUGAACUCUUCGCGGAGGAAGAGAAUGCGGUAGAUGUGCUGGAUGGCCGGGUACUGGUCUUCGGAGAUGCGGGAGAGGACAAAGUCCUCGAUCAUCUGGGCGUGCUUGUUGUCAAGCUCUUCGAUGCGGGCUUGCGAGAGCUUGCCGCGCUGUGCCUUGCGGUGAACCUUGUCAUCGUCCUUGGCCAGCUCCUUGUAAAACUCAAACAGCUCGU